AUGCUCACGUCACUACGCAAGCGGCUCAACGGGAUGACACUCCCGAUUCUGUCCGGGAAUAACGGCACAAAGCACGACGCCACCGAGGCUACAGACGGGGAUGGGCCCAGCUUUGCCGACGUCCUUGUGGUGAAGGCUAUGAUGGGCCAGGCCUUUCAUCUGCCGCUGGAGCUGGUGGACGAGAUCGUUGACCUGGCCGAGUACUGGCCACACACCACGACCUGCAUCGACUACCGCCAGACGGAAUUGACAGAGAAGCGGAUUGGAUCACAGAAUCAAAACGUCAUGUUGUUCCGCACCCCGCCACUGGGCUUCGAGCGCCCGCCGCACGCAGACGAGGCGUCCUACACGACGGAGCCACUCGAGCCCGCACAGCUGCAGCAGGAGUACGGCCGCGACGAGCUGGUCCACUGGCUGGGCCGACGAGCCCCAGCCCUGGAGCAUCCAUGCCGCAAGAUCCGCUUCCGCCUGAUCAGCCACGACCAAGGCUGGGGCGGCGGCGGGCCCAAGAAGGACGAACCCUACAAGGCGUCCUACUCCUGGUUUGACGUCGGUCUGGAGCGGUACGACGCCGUCGAUGUGGCUGGCACGUCUGUCUUGGGCUCCGACACGCCGCCACGCCAUCAUGCCCUCCGGUCUGUCCAGCCGGCUGUCCGGCCGGCCGAAGACGAUCCCGUCCAGCUCACCCUCCACCACCCGAUGCUGCCGAGCAGCCAGAGGCUGCAGUCGAAUCGCACGGCCGUCCGCACCGCCACCACACACGACAUCACCUGGUCCUGGUUAGACCGGCUGGCCGACGAUCCCGCCGCCCGCGACGACCUCGAACGCCUCGGCCGCGGUCCCGACACCGCCGACGGUGCCUUUGUCCGCGAUCUGCGCGUCGGCGACGUCGUCACCCUGUGGGCCAAGGCCCGCUUCCCCGGCUGGGCCAACGUGGUCGAGCUCGCUCAGGUGGACGUGUACUGGGCCGUAUAG